GGAAGUUCUGGGCCGGGUCUUCUGGGGGCGGAGACUAGCCUGCCAGAGCAGGAAGGAUGGAGAGUGCCGGUAGGGUACCAGCUGCAGGUCAGACCCUGAGUGCUCAGAAUCCCUAAGUCACCCCGACUAUCUUCGGGGUCAUUAUGCAGCCGAGACUCUGGACGACCUCCAGGGCGUCAGUGGAGAAGACAACCGAAAAAGAGGACUUGCCAAAGACUUGGUUUAGUUCUCUAACUCGGCUGUUUCGAGAAAAAUUGUUUCUGAAAAUGCCUUGUGCAUGUAAUCGGAAUAACUGGAGGAGAUGGAUCAGACUUCUGCUCGUAUUUCUUUAUGCAUCGGCUCUUCUUGUUUCGGUACCAGUCUGUAUUUGGGAAUUCCAAAAGAUGAAGGUCGGAAUACACACAAAAGCAUGGUUUAUCGCGGGGAUAUUUCUGCUGCUGACCAUCCCCAUGUCUCUGUGGGGAAUCCUGCAGCACCUGGUGCAUUACACUCAACCUGAACUUCAAAAACCGAUAAUAAGGAUCCUUUGGAUGGUCCCAAUAUACAGUUUGGAUAGUUGGCUGGCUUUGAAAUUCCCCAAAAUUGCAAUAUACGUGGAUACCUGCAGGGAGUGUUACGAAGCGUAUGUCAUUUAUAACUUUAUGAUAUUCCUUACCAACUAUUUGACAAUCCGAUUUCCCAACUUGAUGCUACACCUAGAAGCUAAAGAUCAGCAAAACCACCUUCCUCUCUUAUGCUGCUGUCCACCAUGGGCUAUGGGAGAAAUUCUGCUCUUUAGGUGCAAGCUAGGAGUGCUGCAGUACACCGUGGUACGGCUCAUCACCACUGCCACUGCAUUAGUGUGUGAAUUGCUUGGCGUGUACGAUGAGGGGAACUUCAGUUUCUCAAAUGCUUGGACCUACCUCGUUAUAUUAAACAAUUUGUCACAACUGUUUGCCAUGUACUGCUUGCUGCUGUUUUAUAAAGUCCUAAAGGAGGAGCUUAGUCCUAUACAACCAGUUGGCAAGUUUCUUUGUGUGAAGUUGGUUGUCUUCGUUUCCUUUUGGCAAGCAGCACUUAUUGCUUUGUUGGUUAAAGUGGGAGUUAUUUCAGAAAGACGUACCUGGGAAUGGCAAAGUGCAGAAGCUGUGGCCACAGGCCUACAGGAUUUCAUAAUCUGCAUCGAGAUGUUCUUUGCGGCAAUUGCCCAUCACUACACGUUCUCCUACAAACCGUACGUGCACGAAGCGGAGAAAGGCUCCUGCUUUGACUCCUUCCUCGCCAUGUGGGAUGUGUCUGACCUCAAAGACGAUAUUUCUCAACAAGUACGGCAUGUCGGGAGGACAGUGCGAGGAUAUCCAAAAAAGAAUUGUUUUCCUGGGGAUCCGGACCACAAUGAACAUUCAAAUUUGUUCUCCUCGUCAUCUCAAGACAGGGCUUCUGGUUCUUCAAAGCCACCCUCACCAGUGGGCCUGUACCAAGGCUUUGGGCACACGAUCAGAUCACAGAGCCCAGUUUCUGAAGCCACUGUAUAUGAAGAUAUUCUGAAUGACAUUCCAGAAGAACAGCAUAAGCUUCUUGACACAGGACAGGAUGUUAUGAUUGACAUGCCAGAUGAGCAAGACAUGCCUUGGAAAAGCCAAUAUCAAGACCAACUACAAACAGUUAUUUCACAGGCUUUACUUUAUUCAGCAAGGCUACCUGAAGAUACCAUAAUUGAUAUCCCAGAUUGGGACAAGGAGCCCUCUGAUUCAUCGUCAGAUCUGGACUACUAAAGCUGCCAUAGCCUCCUUCCAUCCUCAAGAUCUGUACAGUUGAAAAUGUUGUAAAAUCUGAAAAUAGGCCAAAACUAGACAUAAUAUACAUACAUAUCUAACACUAAUACGCACAUAUUAACAUACAUAUAUUUGUAUAAGUUUUAUAUAUAUCACAAAUGAUGUUUAAAUUUCCUAGGCUUUGGCUCUCUUCAACUGUUAGAAUAUCAUAUAUUCAAACAGUAGGUAACAACUGUAGCAAAAUGCUCUUGAUUUCUUAGACGAACAUUUAAAAAAAAAAAAUCAAUGCUUCAUACCACUGCGUGAAUGUAAUGCUCUGGACUAAAAUUGCAAAUUAAUUGAAUUUAAUUAAUUCGAAUCAUGUAUCAUUUAACCUUGCAAAUUAUACUGUUAAAAAAAAAACAAUUAUACUGUAUUUAAACUCUUAAAA